GGAUUAGCCUCGACACCUAGACCUUUGUACUACCCGAAGGGAUGGUAGUGCUUAGCCGCCCCAGACUCGCGAGCUUUCUUUGUCGUUCGGGUCUGGCAAGACUCGAGGCGGAGGCAGCGCGUGCGGCUCUGCAAGCAUCACAACAGGGUCCGAACAAAGAAGCAUGAUCCAAAUACCGCCGAGCGACCGCGCAAGCGCUGUCGGACUGCCUUCCGCUCUCCUGCGAUUGACCGCGGACGGGACUUGUCAUGAUGCAAACCACGGGUGAGGACUACUACGACCUGGCCGACGAUGAGCUGCCAUCUGCCAACUUCGCGGCCCGCCCGACAAGCGAGAUCAGCGACCUCAGUCUCCUUGACAUCGACGGCCUCUGGACGUUUAUGAAUUUUGCGAACACGUCUUGCGAGAACACAGAUAGUGAAGCGGACAGCGACGACGGUCCGACUCCAAUUGCUCUUACCCCAGAAGCUACCAAGAUGCCUCAGCCGGAAAUGCCGCGCACUCCGCCUGAGACGCCGACGAUAGCAGUGACCCCGCCUUCGCGGAGGCAGUCGCUGCGACAGCAUUUCAAAAGGAUGAGCGGCGUCGCCGCGAUUGUGCGGAGGCCAAGUUCGCGUCAAAAGGCUGACACGGCACCGCCUGGCAUGUUCAGCUCGCCGGAAUUCACGCCACAGGUGCCGCGACGGGCGCUGAGUGCGAGACUGCAGAAGCGGGAUAGUGCGCUGACGGCGAGGUACUCGAGACACUUGUCAUCCGACAGCGAUCUCAAAGCGAGGAGUAUCCUCGGGAUGACGGACAGGGUUUUGGAAGAGGAAAGGCCAAGGCGCGUAGAGGGACAUGACGAAAGCGAUGACUUGGAAGAGAAUGAAAACGCCGAGUUUCUGCAGCCCAACGCGUCCUUCUCGCACAAGCCGCGGGUGCGGGAGACGCUGGACAGGAUACAGCUGUCGAGGCUGAGAAUGGACUUUGUGGCGACAGGGCCAGAGGAACUCGUCGACUCACCUCAAUCGAUGUUGGGCACGCCUCUGGAAAUGUACGGUCCGCCCAAGGCACUGCCGCAGCCGCAGCCAGGGCGCUUCAGGCCGACGAGUGCAAUCCACGGGAAACGGGGGACGUCCACGCCCGUUUCGCCAACGGCGCCCUCAUUGCGUAGACCGCAACCACCAUCAAACACCACGCGGGCGGGUGACGAUCUCGAGGACCAGUAUCAGACCAGGGUGUACGUGUCUGGGCCAAUCUGUAUCGAACGGCACCAAGCCAUGCUGCGCAAGAACUCUGUGGCUACGUUGGAUCCGUUUGCCAGCGAGGUUGAUCCAGUAGGGCGCCGGCCGUCUGAUUUAUUGGCUCUAGAACAGAUAGUCGUGUACUUUGACGGCAUGGGGGUGAGUGAGACAGCCACCGACGAGUGCCUGGACCGCUAUUGGCUGCCCACGCCGCAGCAGGCGCUGCUCGAAGAGGAAAAAGACGUAGCGGAAGUUGAGCCUCUCACUCCGCGGACUCAGCACAGCGGCAGCUCGAACGCUGCGUACAGCACACACUCCAGGUUCUCGUUCUCGUCAGCGUCAUCGGGCGCCUCCGUGCCACAGGACUCCCCACAAAAGCGCCAGCUAAUCAGAUUAAGGAGGCUGCUUCUGCCGGCGCUGCCCGGGUUGAAGGGCUUGGAAGGAUGAACAGCAAACGGAAGGCUCGUG